AUGCCCUCCCCAAGCUCAACACCAGACUUGACCCCACCAUUCGCUUCGCCUCUAGCCACCAUGGAUUCGGCUAAUCGAAGCGGGAAGAAGCAUCUUUCGCCAGCUCUACGCUCCUCCAGAAGCUUGAGGGGUGUGAGUGACACACCAGUCCCCGAGUCUUCCCAAGAACGAGUUCAAGGUAGAAAGACGAGGCUACCGAGCCUAAGACGACCCCAGAGCGUUGUCACCGUUAUUAUCGGCCCUGAGGAGUCCAAUGAGACUUUCAUAAUCCACAAGGACAUCAUCUGCCACCAUUCGUCAUACUUCGCCAAUGCUUUCAAUAGUAAACAUCUAGAAAGCAAGACACAGACAAUCACGAUACCAGAAGUGAAUUCAGAUACGUUUGGUAUCCUUGUGGAGUGGUUAUAUACCCAAAAGAUCGACAUUGAUUUGAAAGACCAUGAUGGAAACAUCCUGCUUCUUUCCCAGCUCUGGACCCUUGCACAACGGUUUGGCGUGCCAAACCUCCAGAACAACAUCAUGGACGGGCUAAGACCAUUAGUAGAAUGUACUGAAGGAGAAGCGUUGAAAAACUUCCUGCACUAUGCAUAUGAAGCCAAGGGUACAACGAUGUUACAGAGACUCGCCACUGAUAGAAUGGCAUGGGCCACAAGUGCGAAUCGACUUGAGGUCUGGAUGUCAGGUGGACAUUUGCCGCAAGCAUUGUUGGUCGACAUCAUCAUGAGUCUGAAGAAGGAUCAUGUUCACGGCCUCGAACCGACGAUGAAGUUCGGCUCAUUUGGCUCCGCGAAGGAGUAUUAUGUGGGCGACGGUGAGGCCGUUGUCGUUCCUAAAGAGGAGAAACAAUGA